AUGUCACCAGUCAAGUCUCAAGGCAGAACAAAUGCUACAAAGCAAAAAAGGUCUGACAGAAAAGGAAAGCAACAGAAAAAUGUAAGUCAGAAGGGUUUCAAAGCAUCGCAACCUCCCUCUGAGCUGCCUAAUGUGAAACAGAAAGGAAGAGGCAAUUCAACACCUCUGGGAGACGGAACCACAGGUGGAGUGAAGGGUAAUAAAAGGAAUGAAGGAAAUGGUAUAUCACAACCUCAACAUGAGAAAGAUGCUAAGAUCACAGGGGGCAGAAAGAAGACCACCCAACUCAGAUGUCCGCCAAAAGCACUCACUACAAAACCAGGGAGCAUCAACAACAAGCUCCCCACCAAGCCUGAAAACAAGAGAAGAGACAGAGUGACAGAAAGUGAGGAGGAGGAAUCAGAGAGCUCUGCAGGAAGCUCAGUGGAUGCUACUGAAGACGGGACUAGUAACGAUGAGAAGGAGGUGGACCAGGGCAGUAACGAAGAGCCAGAUGAAACAGAGGGGAGUAAGCAGAGCAGUGAGGAGGAGGCUGAGGCAUCAGAUACUCAGAGAGAUACAGAACAGACAGAAAAUGAGGAAUCAGACAAAGAGUUUUCAGAGGAAGCCAAAUCUGUAAGUGAGUCCGAGGUCGAACCAGUCGCACCCGUUGCCGAAGAGGAGGAAAACGAAAAGGAAGUUGAAGCAUCUGAGGCCGUCGUCAGUGAUGGGGGUGAAGACAAGGAGAUAACCCAGGAGGACAUGUCUGAAAAGCCAACAGCUGAUAAAGCCUGCAGAAGACGCAGACAGACACCUCGUCUAUCAAAGCCUGCGCAAGGGUCGAAAAACAAGAUGUUUAAAAAAACCAAGGCAGAUAAGCAGGCUGAGAAGGAAGAAAAACAGAGGGCCAAAGCAGAAAAGAAAAGGUUGGAAAAGGAAGCCAAACAAAAAGCCAAGGAAGAAAAAAAGAACAAAAAGAAGCCACAGAAAGAGGACAAACCUGGCUCUGAAACAGAGGAGACUCAGUCAAUAAAAGGUUCCCUCAGCAAGGCUGACACAGCAAAAGGCAAGUUAGCCAGCAAAAUAAAAAAUGGCAAUAAGAAGGAUCCUCUUGUAGAAGCUGAUCCAGAAGAGGAAGAGGAGGAGGCUGAACUAACACUGUCCAAAGCCAUCAAAGGCCAAAACCAAAUAAUGCUUCUCAAAGCCAAAGGUAAAGACCUCAAAGCCGUUCUGGAGCCUGAAGAGCAGCAGGAUGCUGAAAGUGUCAUAAAAGGGCGGCCACAGAAUUUGCUUUUGGGGAAGGUCAAGAUGGCAUCUCUCCGAGACAAAGCAAAUAAGAUGUUGGCAAAGCCCGAUGAGGACACAUCAGCCAGUGGGACUAUCAAUGGAGGGUCCAGCAAACCCAAAGAAGGUUUGAUAGCGCGAAGAAAAGGUAUGGCAACUCUUCACAGAGUGUCUGGUUGGAUUCAGAAGAAAAUGCCGAGGGGGAUAAACUUCAGAAAGAAACUUUCUGCUUGGACUAAAGCCAUCGGAGUCUCUCGCUGGCUCUCUCUUCGGGCCAUAAAACAGAAGCAAGGCACUAGAAAAUCCAAAGGCCAUAUUCUCAAACACAGGAUGGCCAUGAGAGUUGCCAGUAAAACCAGCCUGGCCAGCAGGAAAAAUAAGAGUGUCUCAGAGAAUAAAAUGGCCAAAGAGAAAGGCGACCCCCAGGGAAAGGCAGGGGAGGGAGGGGAAGAAGCAGCCACAACUGAGGAGAAAGAAGUAGAGGCCAAAUAUGCUGUGGAGAGCCCACUACCUCAGAGCCCAAACCCCCAAAACCAGGUGCCAGGCUUGUACUCCCUGUCAAACCAGAUCUCAGCCUGCUGA